GCAGGUCAUCGGCGUAUCCAAAUGGCUCGUCGUGCACAUCUCCAAGAAGAAGAGCGGCUCCACCUCGGCGGGCAAGAACUUUUUUCGACAGAGAAUGGCCAUGCGAGCGGCCAGCAGGAGAACGCGUCAAGAGAAGGCCGACGAGGAAGCAAAGGCCCAGACGAACACACCUGAUCCGUCAGAGGAUCCGUCCACAGGUGAAGGCCAGAGUGGCCAAGACGGAAAAAACAACGCUGGGGACGCCAAGUAUGCCAUAGUUUUACCCAGGAUGAAUAAGCUCGGCAAACCCCUAGGUGGCGCAGCACCAGCAGCAGCUGUGGCAGGCAGGAGCCCAGGAGGAGGAGCCCCGACUCAGAGCAAGCCCCCAAAACCAGGCGCUCGCCUUGUGCUUCCCGCAAAGCCUGACCUCAGUGUUCUUAAAUCUAUAAAAAGUGGCAUUCAUCCAAACCAACCAGACAGGAAUAAAACCACGGCACCACAGCCUGCGGCCAACAAGGGAGAUAGAGCAAUACUAAAUGAUGACGAUGGAGCUAGUAUCCUGCGUGCAGCCAGAGAGAAAUUGGGGUCGACACCAUUAAAAUUCAACAAGCUAUCCCUAUCUAAACCGGUGUCCCUGGGAGGACAGAAGCAAGCAGUGCAAAUUACAGACAGAGAGGAACAACAGAGAGAGAGGGGCAGGCCUAUGUCUCUCGCCGCACCAGACCCUGACGUGCACAGGCAGGGAAUGGUCUCCUCCAUACUGGAAGAAGAAGCGGACCUGGAGGUGGCCCGCUUGAUGGGCAACAGCCUCCGCCCCUCCUCCACAGAGAUACACUGGGCCCUCCAUGACGAUGGAACGCUGGGGGACCCUCAGGAUUGGCUGAGGGCAGAGAGUCUGCUGCCCCACCAGACUGUUGAGAAGUUGACCAAAUGGACGGUGUAUCAGGACGACAGCAAGCCUCCGACCGUGCCUGUGCACACCGGCGGCGGGCCCUGGGAGUCUGAGGACCCCACACAGCACAUGCUGGAGAGCAAGCUCAACAGCACCCAGGUGAUUAUGCCAGGCAGCGAACAGGCAGUCGAGCUUGACGAGGUGCAAGACCUAUCUCAAUUAAAUGAGGUGUGUGAGAGCUCUGUCCUGUUAAAUCUGAGGAAGAGAUUUUCCAGAGACUCCAUCUAUACUUAUAUAGGAAAUAUGUUACUUUCUGUAAAUCCCUUCAAAUCCAUAAAUAUCUACACGGAUGAGAUCAGACUACAGUAUCAGUCCAAAGAGCAGCGGAAGAACCCGCCUCACGUGUAUGCACUUGCGGAUGCAGCAUUCAGGGAGUCACAGCAGACAGCACAAGAGCAGUGCAUUGUCAUAAGUGGUCAGAGUGGAUCUGGAAAAACGGAGGCAGCCAAGUUAAUCGUCCACUACCUAAAUGCCAUGUAUCAGGGCAGAAAUGACAACCUCCGACAGCCAAUGGAUGUCUUACCAAUUUUGGAAAGUUUUGGCAAUGCUAAGACUAUUCUCAACAACAACUCAAGUCGUUUCGGCAAAUACCUUCACAUUCAUAUUUGCCAUGGUGUUGUAGUUGGUACUUCACUUUCCAAAUAUCUUCUUGAAAAAUCCCGUGUUGUCUUCCAGGCCAGUGAGGAGAGAAAUUACCACGUCUUUUAUGAGCUACUGGCAGGCAUGAAUGAAUGGCACAAACAAGACUUGUAUCUUCAAGGGGCAGAAACCUACUAUUACCUCAACCAGGGCAGGGCUUGUGAAUUGAAAGGGAAGAACGAUAAGCAGGACUUCCUGCUCCUUGUCCAGUGUUUGAUGACCAUCGGCCUGCACCCCGACGAGUUGGCAACCAUAUGGGCCAUACUCUCAGCCAUCCUGCAGCUAGGCAACAUCUGCUUCCGCUCUUACGAGAGUGAGUCCUUUGAAGUAGCACAGAUCUUCAGUGAAUCUGAGGUGCGCCGGGUAGGAAUGCUGUUGCAGAUAUCAGCAGAGGCUCUGCAAACGGUUAUUACACACCGUGUCACGGAAACCAUUUAUGACAGAAUCUACUGCCCCCUCUCUGUAGAAAGUGCCAUUGAAUCUAGGGAUGCCAUAGCCAAGACUCUGUACUCUGUGCUAUUUGACUGGCUUUUGGACUGCAUAAACCAAUGGCUCAUUCCCACUGAAAUGGACAGCUCAAUUGGCCUGGUGGACAUCUAUGGGUUUGAGGACCUUGCUGUGAACAGCUUUGAGCAGCUUUGCAUUAAUUUUGCCAACGAGCAGCUGCAGCAGUUUGUCAGCAAAGCAGUCCUAACCCAGGAACAGGAAGACUACAGUGCUGAGCAGAUAGAGUGGUACCCUGUCCCUGUUCAGGACCUCCACUCCUGUAUUGAGCUGAUCACAGCACGCCCCCACGGCAUCCUCCGUAUCCUUGAUGACCAGACACUACUGCCUCAGGCCACUGAUCACACAUUUCUCCAAAAGUGUCAUUAUCAUCAUGGCAACAGUCCGUUCUACACUAAGCCCAAAAUUCCUCUCCCGGUUUUUACAAUUUACCACUACGCAGGAGCAGUCACCUAUCAGGUGCAUAACUUUUUGAAUAAAAACCACGACCAGAUCCGCCUGGAGGUCCUGGAGCUCUUUGUUCGAAGUCGGCAGCAGGCAAUUUCAGCGUUGUUCCAUGAGGUUCAGGAACGCUAUCUGCAACAAAAAGAACUUAACUCCCGGGGAAGAGGUAUUAGACAACAAUCUUCAACUGUGUCCUCACACUUCCAGCAGUCACUGAUAGAGCUUACGACCCGACUUGAGAGAUGCAAAACUACCUUCAUACGCUGUUUCAAACCUAAUUACAUGAAGGCACCAGGUAUGUUUGACAUACACUACAUGUCAACACAGCUGAGGCACGCCGGGAUUCUGGAGACCAUCCAGAUACGGAAGGAUGGUUUCCCCAUACGCAUCCCCUUCACAAUAUUUUUGGAAAGGUAUGGUGUCCUCCUGGUCCAGCGGCCUCCUGACCACACUGAGAAGCAGCUAGUGGUGACACUGUUGGAGACCGUGGGGGUAGAGGAUGGGGAAUACCAGCUGGGGCUCACUAAGGUGUUCAUGAAAGAAGCCCUUUACCAGCGAGUGGAUGAGCGCUGGAGUAGCACACAGACCUGGGCCGCCGUCACCAUUCAGCGGAACAUAAGGGGCUUCAUCUGCAGACGAAACUUUCGAUUCUUCAAGCAGAAGGCCAUUGUUAUUCAGUCCCACAUUCGUGGGCACCAGGCCAGGAAGUAUUACAAAAGGCUACGACGCUCCUUCACUCAGUUCUGGGCUGUUAUGAUGAUCACCAGGAACACCAUCAAGAGACGGAAAUGGAGGGUAGGGCUUUGGCAAGCAAAUGCAUCCUCAUGUUCAUGAAUCAACACAAGCAAAGAUGUUGCCACAUUGGAGAUUCCUGCGGAGCUGUCCGCCAGGUUACGGAGUGCAGGAGGACAGCGUCAAGGCGCCGGUGUGACUGAGGUUGCUCCACCUCAAGUCAAAGCAGACCACAGGCUCACUCUGCCCCUCGACAUCGACAGUUUUCCAUUCUCACAGUAUGCAAACACAACGCUAAAGGAUGGCUGGUCUCAACCUAUGGGAAAUGCUCUGGCGAGGGCACUCACACGUUUGGAGCCAGAGGACUCCUAUGCAGCUCUGGAACUGUACAAGCUGAUUCUUAGGUUUGUUGGCGAUCCGAGCCUUAGUAGUCAACACGAGGUCAUAUUGGGGAAUUACAUCAUAGAGAAAGGCCAGAGCAGGCCAGCUCUCAGGGAUGAGAUCUUGGCUCAGCUGGCAUACAUCACCUGGGGCCACGAGAAUGACGAGGGAAAUGCCCGGGCAUGGCUGCUCCUGGCUUCCUGUCUCUCUGCCUUCACUCCCUCUCCAACCCUGGACAAACCAUUUCUCAAGUUUGUUUCAGACCGAGGGCCAGGAGAGUACCGCGCACUUUGUCAGCACAAGCUCCUUACAUCACUCCAGCUACCAGGCCCAACCACACGACGAUACCCACCCACUCAGUUAGAGUGGACCUCCAUUCAACGCAGGGGGAAAAUGGUGGUGAAUGUUAACACUUUCAAUGAGGAGGAUUUGAUGGUGGAAGUCGAUUCAUGGACCACGGGAGAACAACUGGCUGCCUGGUUGUUACAGUUCAGGGGUGUGCCAGAGAGCCUGAAAGGAUGGUCUGUGUCUUUGUUGGCGGAAGAUAACUGGAAGGAUCUGAUUGGCUGUGACUUUGUCAUGGAUCUGUUAGCUGGAAUGGAGGCCGACGUGUCCCUGGAUCAAGGCUCUUCAUAUCCUGACUAUCUCUUUAGUAAUGACGGCAUGGCCAUGACUGAUCUAGAUGACUUCAUUCCUCCUGCUCCUGCCAUGCAAGCCCCGGGUUUACCACCAGACGGCAUGUCUGGCUGGGACAACUAUCACCAAUCAGACGGUACACAGGGACCAGAUGCUUUUGUGGAUGAUUUGUUUGGCUCCGUGCUGGACCAAGGCCCUCCGGACAUGGAGCGAAUGGCCAUGCUCAACCGCCGGAUGAGAGGAGCGGGAGGGAUGUUCCCUGCAGGAUACGGAGGAUACGCAGCCAAUCCAAUGAUGCCAAACAUGAUGCCCGCCACUAUGCCCAUGAUGCCAACCAUGCCAGCCAUGCAACCUAUGAUGAUGCCCCAGGCGGCGAUGCCUCAAAUGGCUCCAGGCAUGCCAGGAGUCAACGCUCAGGACAUGGCUGCCACUCAACAGGCAAUGAUACAACAGCAGGCAUUGCUGAUGGCACAGCAGAUGACUCUGCAGGCCAUGACGCUGUCACAGCAACAGGCUCAACAGCAGCAGCAACAGAGCCAGAGGCGCCAGAGUCAACGGCAGCGUAGUCCAGACAACUCUCCCCCACGGCCCCGUCAGCAACCUGCGGUGACACAGGCCCCGAAGCCCCCUCCUGUCAAGAAGCAGCCCACACUAGCUCCACCAGCACCACCACCACCACCAAAUCCCCAAGAGGAAGAUGUAGAUCUAUCAAACCCUGAAGACGAGCUUGAGUCCUUCAAGGACAAACAAAACUUCUUCCAGAGGAUUGGUUCCGGGGAUACUAAGGCAAAGCCAGCGGCCAGGUCUGCAAAACCUCUGUAUGCCACCCCUCCCACACCUAAACCUAAACCCCCUCCUGCCCCCGUUGUGGAAGCAGAAAAGCCUCCUGUGCUAAAACCUGUCCCAAGAAAGCCUUCGCCAGAGCCUGAACCCGAACCACCAAGUCCCAGAGCUGCUUCACCCAGGCCGGAGCCUAGCAGCAACAUCCGUGAGAUCAUCAAGCGGUACAAUAGUCGCCCUACGCCAGAACCCAAGUCAUAUGAGCCUCAGAGGCCAGCCGGCAAGUCAUUUGUAAAAAAGAAUGACCCCAAAGAAGAGGCACUUGCCAUCCUCCGAGGCAAAGGUCCACCCCCACCACCUCCUCUGGCCCCUCCCCCUUCUCAUCCCCCACCGCCACGCUCCAUCUCCAACAGCAUGAAGCAGAAGCAGCGUGGGCUGGCCGGCCUCUUUGGCUCACAGCAACGCACCCAAGAAGCGCCGCCCCCACCCCCUCCCGCGCAUCCUCCACCCGCGCAUCCUCCACCCUCGCCUGCUAUUCCAGAGCCGCCGCCCAUGGCUGCACCCACCCUGAAUCAAUAUCACAAUGCAAUGGAUGAUGGAGUUCGAUCUCAGCUCUACAAAUUCUCUGCUAGUGUAUACUUUUCAUACCCCAAUAUGCCAGGUAGACUCUUCUUGAGGAAAGAGGUGUUUUAUCCUAAGGAACGGUUUAACCACACAUACAUUCUUAACCUGCUAUGUGAGCAGAUAAUGAGAGACACCUUCUCUGAUUCUUGCGUGAGAAUAACCCGCGAGGAACGGCGCAAGAUGAAAGACUUAUUGGCUCGGUUCUCAGUGGGUACGAGCAUCAGCACGAUGGAGGAUGAUGCCGUAAAGAAGAGAGUUGUCAUGGCGGCCAGAGACAACUGGGAGAACUACUUCAGUCGUCUGUUUCCUGUUAAGGCUGGCGUUGUAGGAGAUGCCCAGAUCUUAGGAGUCUCUCAUCGAGGAAUUAAACUCUUGCGUGUGGCGAAGGCCACAGGAAUCAACUCUAAACACCUGAAGAACCUCUGCAAUUACAGCUAUGCUGAAAUUUUGUCUGUGGAAGUCAAUGGAUCUGAUACGGUUGUCUUCUCCCUCAAAAAUGAAUCUCUGGAGCUGCAGUCCCUUCAUGCUCCUCAGAUCACGGCCAUGGUCCAGUUCUUCCUUCGAGAACUUGUCAAGGGAUCUGAGUAUGUCAUUGCAACAAAGAGUUAUGUGACAGAUGACAAGAGUCUCCUUAGUUUCCACAAGGGAGAUAUUAUCAAGCUGCAGAAGAUGGAGAGCGUAGAGAGUGGAUGGCUGUUCGGCUCCGUUGGUGGACGUUCAGGCUUGUUUCCUGCGGAAGUUACACAGCCCUCAGCCCCACCAGACUACCACGCUCCUCAGCUGGACCGGCAGGAUGAGAGGAGGAAGAGCACUAGGGCACCCCGGGCACAGACACAACCGCAGACACAACCAGAGACUCAACCACAACCACAACCACAGCCACGGCCAAGGCAACUGCUGCCCGCAACUCAACCUGCUCAAAAUGCAGUGAUGGAUCAGCCCAUGAAUGGAGGGUUUAUGGGACAAAUGUCAUCCCCAGAGGAACAAGGGCCAUUCCCCGAAAUCGAGCAGUAUGGCGGAAUCAUGGCAGAAUUUGCCCAGAAAUACUUCAGAGAUGUUGCCACAAGGUCAGACGGUCAAGGUUUGACUGCUGCUGGAAGAAGUUUUGCAGAGAUGACUUACCACACCAUGGAACCAAUUCUGGAAUCGUUGAUCUUGUUUUCUGACAACGAACUCAAUGAAUUGUCAGUUCCUUGCUUCACAUGCAUCAUGCAGUUUAUGGGUGACCUGCCAUUGAAGAAGCACCAGUCAGAGGGCGACUGUGUCAACCAUAUUCUUCAGUUAGGGAAGGAGAAGGAGUAUUUGAGGGAUGAAAUCUACUGCCAGAUUAUCAAACAAGUCACACAAAACCCCAACAGAGAGAGUUGUGCACGUGGGUGGCAGCUGUUGGCUCUGAUGACCGGCUUCUUCCCGUGCUCCCCCACGCUAAUGCCCUACUUCAACAGUUAUAUCGAGGACUUCUCCCAGAACACGGCGGAUCCUCUUCACGAAUUCUCUCUUAGCUGUCAAGAAAACUUUGGACGAUCUCUGAUGUUUGGAGGCCGAAGACAUAUUCCAUCCCAUGGAGAAAUGGAUGCCCUACUUAAUGGUCGAAGUAUUCGCCAACUGCCAAUCGUGUUGCCUGGUGGAGUUGAGUUCCCUUGCAAAAUUCGAAACUUCAGUGUGGCCCUGGACGUAGCAACUGAUUUAUGUAUGGAGAUGGGUUUAAAUGACCCCUCUGAAGUGAAGGAAUUUUCAAUUAAAGCUACCCGUGGACAAGUGGUGAGGCCCAUUCACCCAAAUGAAUACCUGUUUGAUUUCCUGCUGGAUGAUGGCUCCAUCACACUCUCAUUCCAAAGAGUGAUUUGGGAAUCUCCGCUGCGGUUUGAGAAUGAACUCUACAUUGAGUUUCACUACCAGCAGGUCCUAGCUGACUAUCUGGAUGGAAGACUGAUGUUGCCAGGAAACGGUACACCAGUCAUUGAACAGAUUGUGGGAUUGGCUGCACUUCAGCAUCUUGCACUGGGCAAUCCAAACCUACCAUCACAAUCUGAGCUGAAAGAAUAUUUGCCCCGGAUGGAUGGAGUGAAUGCUAAAAAUGGCGAGGUGCUGUCUGCAUGCCACAAUCUCCUAUCAAGCAUGGGCGCAUUGCAUCCAUUUGAGGCCAAAACACGUUUCCUCCAGGACCUUAGCUCCUUGCCUCUUUUUGGAGCGAACGUCUUCCUGGCUCAGAAGGUCAGCUACAAGGGCUGUCCAUCUCCCUGCAUCGUAGCUGUGAGAGUGGAAGAUAUCACCUUCUGUCAUCCCAAAACGCAGGAGAUCGUUAUGGUGGUACCACUGGCAGAAGUACAGUCACUUCGCUCCUAUCAGCCAAAAAAGGGCAAAACAGCAGCGGUUGAAAUCAACUGUGCGAUUGAUGGCCAUCCCAAAUGCAUCUCGAUUAAUUUGAAGCAGGCAAAGGAGCUGUGCCAUAUCAUCGCUGUCAUCAUGGAGGAACGACUCAACAACCCUCAGAUGUGAACUGCACCUGUAAUGGCUCAGGACACUGAAGUCAAGGGGACAUAAAGGCAUAAAUGUGGAGUGAAGGGUUUGUCAAGCAAUUCAUGAAAUCAUCAAAUGUUGCACACUAUUGUUAACUACUGCACAUCUGUCCUUUCUGGGGAAUAUGAAACCAAAUGUAAUGUGCUGAUUGCUUUUGGGGCUUGUUAUCACUUCCCAUGGGAAUUGUUUUUAGAUGUUCAUUACAAAAAAAUAACUUUUUGACCAUUUGCAAACCCUUACCAUCCAUUUCAAGUAUUCCUCCAUUGUUUUGUUCUGUUUUGUUUUUUUGAAUGGGGGGGUUACAUUUGUACAUGAAAGAUGCUCUAAGUUCCAUAGUCAUAACCAUCUUCUAAAUCAGAGACAAGAAUAGUUUUUAAUUUUGAAAAAAAAAAUCUGCCUAUUUUUAUACUUUGUAAGGAUGUUGGGUUUUCACUUCCGCUCUUUCCUGGCAAGUUUUGAAUUAAUGAAGGGGAAAUCUUCAUUUGCAUCUUAUAUUUGAAUCUUUUCCUCUUUGGUGACAUUAUAAUAGCUCCUCCAUGUUAAGCAUUUAUUAAACAUUAGUGACAUUUUUAUAGAAUAGAAUAUCUGUUAAUUUGUCAUUGUAACAAGCAGCAUUUCUUGUUCAGAGAAGCAAUAAUUGAAAUAAAAGAUAUAACAGGAGUACUCAAAACCACACACACACACACACACACACACACACACACACACACACACACACACACACACACACACACACACACACACACACACACACACACACACAUAGUACAUACUAUACAAGUACUAUACAAGUACAUACUACUCAAACGUCACACACAUACACAUACACUUUCAUGCUGUACUUUGGUAGCAUCAUUUAGUGCAGUAAUAUCUGCUGGGUAAAUGUUAUUAUUCAGUCUGUUUGUCCUGUGGCCCUGUAAGCAAACUGGUGUGGGUCAAGAGAGGGGGGUGGAGUGGGGGGGUUGAAUGACAAGAUGUGUAUCUGUUCUGUUGGCUGCUAAUGUUAUUAUUUAAAAGUCCCAGGAAUACAAUAGCAUUUGCAUAUGCUUUGGUGGUACCGGUAUAUUAUAAACAACCGACAAUGUUAAACUGUCUUGGGUAGAUGGGCCGGCAUUUGAUUUGAUUAUGUAUAAAAAAAAAUAAAAAACACAAGUGAGUCAUUAUCUUUUUGUUAUUCAUCAUCACUUGAUCAUGAAUGAAUAUUGUCUUUUAACAUUUUGUGUAUGGUUAAUUUCCUUUGUUAACAAUAAAUUAUUUAU